AGGCCAUCAAUGGCCGCAAGUUUGAUGUCCACCUCGACGCCGACGAAGCUGUGGCCAUGGGCGCCGGAUUGUUCGCGGCGAACAUGUCUACGACGUUCCGGAUGCGCAAAUUCGGGGCGUCGGACGCGAUGCCGCACGGAAUGACGUACUCUGUGUCGCCGAGCGAUGAUUUCACUUCGGGUGAAAUAGAAUCGCUCGUGCCGGCGUUCGCCUCCGCACCUCUGCGCCGCCGCGUGCAGCUUCUCAAUCGCACGGCGGACGCGACUUUUACCGUAAAACUCGAAGUCUCCGAAGGCACUCCCCUCCCACCGGGCACGGACACCGAUCAGGUGAUGAUCGUGGAGGUGACUGGGGUGAAGGAAGCCAUGGCCAAGUACAACGACACCGUCGGUAAGAUGAACGUGUACUUUGAGUUCGAUGCCCAUGGCGUCUUGGACGUCGAGGAGGCGGUUUACGCGGUUGAAAUCAUCGAUUACGUCCCGGAGAAGCCGAAGAAGACGCUCAAGAAGGCGAACGUGACGUCCACAAACUUGACAUCAGAGGACGCAAAUUCGACGGCGGAAAACGCCGCGGAGAACACCACCGAAGACGUCAAGGAGGAAGAAUCCGCCGCCGAGGCGGAAGAACCCGCCGUCAAGGAGAAGGAAACGCCUGAAGAGGAAGCGCCGAAGAUGAAAAUGCGCCGACGCGUCUUCAAGACUCCGCUUACCGUCAAGGUGUCCGGCUUGGACAUGGAGCCAAUGACGCAGGCGCAGCUCGGGGCGUCCAUCAAGGUUCUCGACGAACUUCGAAAGAUUGACGAAGCCAAGCGAGAACAAGAGGCGGCGAAGAGCAACCUCGAGUCGUAUAUUUACUCCACGCGCGCUAAACUCGACGAGGAUGAGAUUCAAGCCGUGACGACGGAGGAGCAGCGCGAGGCUCUGAAGGAGGAGCUCAUGGAGAAGGAGGAUUGGUUGUACAUGGACGGUGCGCACGCCAGCGCGGCGGAGUACAAGAAGACGCACGACGAUCUGAAGACGAAGGGUGACGCCAUCGAGUUCCGCGCGAAAGAGCAGAUUCGACGACCGGAGAUGAUUACCAAGGCGCGGGCGUUCGUAGCGAAGGCGACGCCAGAGAUUGAGUCCUGGCCCGAGAAGAAACCGUGGUUGAACGAGACGCACGUCGCCGAUUUGCUCGUCGAGGUCAAAGAAUUCGAAGCAUGGCUCGACGAGAAAGUCGUCGCUCAAGACAAGUUGGCGGUGACGGACGCGCCGUCGCUCGAGUCGGCGGAGAUUAAGGUCCGCAUGCGUCCGAUCGAAACGAAGUUUUCAAAGAUGAAGAAAAAGUCGAAGCCGAAGCCUCCGAAGGUUGAUCUCAACGCGACGGACGCGAACGCGACGGACGCGAACGCGACGACUGUCGAGGCCGAUUCCACUGAGGUCGAAUCGAACGCCACCGAUGAAGGCGCUAAGGAGGAGUUCACGAACGCUGAGCCGACGAUCGACGCCGACGCCGCAACGGAAGCCGAGUCGGUCAAGGAUGAGCUGUGA